AUGCCCCUUCCUUCUAUAGACCACAUCAAGAAUAAAGCUGCCGAAGUGGUUGAGGAUAAUGUACCUGUACAUUUAUAUCGUACACCUACGAGUCCAGGCUUAUCAGAUCCUGGUGCAGCUUCGAAAGUUAGUAUUAUGGAUGAAGUUUUAAAUAAGUCGGACCUGGAGCUUGAUGGUCCCGAUGGUCCAUUGUAUGAUAAAUCUCAGGACGACCUAGUGUCUCAAAUAAUACAUCAAUCUGACGAUUAUAGAUUUAUCACGUUCAAUAUCCCAAAAGAUGUAGAUAAUUUAAAGCAUACAGGAAAUAGCUAUAAGAAAAGGGUAGCAUUUGAUACUAUAAAUCUACAAGUUGCAAGAGAUCGGUUUGAUUUCGAUGAUGAUAAUUAUUCUUUACCACUGGAAAAUAAAAAAUAUUCUGGCGAAUUCAAUCUCAAUUUGUUUGAUGGUAAUCGUGGAAGAGAGAGUAUCAGAUCUCCUUCACCUAAUGCAAGAUCGCCUAUCCAUUCGCCAUUGAGAAAUAACAGUAUGUCAAGUUUUUAUAUGGCUCCCAGACUCGACUAUCCAACGACACCUAUAAUUACACAUAGGGGUUGUACAUACUCUAGGGUUCAUAAAGACUUUAAAGACUUAUAUGCCAUGAAACUAUUUAAUAAAGAGAAUGGGUAUUUAAAACCUAUAUUACCUCUGAGGACAAUACUUGUGUAUAUCUCGGGGCGGAAGCAUACAUGGGUUGCAUUAGACUGGAUUCUAAAUAAAUUCAUAGAGCAAGGUGAUACGGUUGUUAUAGUAGCAGCCAUAAACCAUCAAUUAGGAACCACAAGAAAAAGCGGGUAUCAUAAAAAAUUACCGCAAGGUAUCUCGCCAAGAGCAAGAUCCAGAAAUAAGCCAGAAAAUAUCAAAGUAAUUGCCCAAAACAUUAUGAAAUACGCAUUGGAAGUUGUCAAUCCUAAUAUUAUAGCAAAGAUUUCGAUAGAAUUAGCAUUGGGGAAAUCGAGAGAGGUUUUGAAAGAAAUGUAUAAGCUAUACGAACCGAAUUUGGUUUCAACUGGUUCUAAAGCAAAUUUGAAAAGAUCAGCGCCUUUAAAGUCAUGGACAUCAUCGAAAAUUAGUGACCGAUUGGUUAAAAAUUCCCCCUUGCCAAUAAUAGUUGUACCUGCUAUGAAAAUGAAUGAUUUUGAAGAUCAAUUGGCUAUUGAUAUCAAUAAUCGAUAUUUUGCUGGAAAGAAAAUAAGUCGUCGCUCAACACUAUCCAGCUCGAGAAAUAGUGAGUUUUCAAAUUCUGUUAAUAGAAGCGAAGAGCCUCAGACUGAAGAUGACGAUUAUAGUGAUACAGGCUCUGACACAUCUUCGAUAGAUUCAGACCUUUCAGUAGAAAGUGAAUCAUAUUCUGCGUAUGAUGAAAUAAGCAAGCUUUAUGAGGAAUAUAAGCAGACUGUUUCCAAGAAUUUGAAGCAUUCGCGAGCACAACCGAUUGACGAAAAUUACUUCGCUAAUUGCUUGAAAGUUGUUUCAGAUGAAUCUACCUAUUUAUGUCAGGAAAUUAGAAAUAUUAAUCCUGGUUUUCAAGGCAAAGGUUCCAAUUUGGCGAAGGCAAUCACAGGUUCCAACUCAUUUGGAGUAAUCCCCUACAAAGCAAAGUCUCUACUUAUCCCGGAAGAAGAACCUGAAGGUCAGAAUGCAAGUCAGUCGCCUGGGCCCCCAAGCUUAUCUUACAAAGAAUUGAAGAGGAACUUAAAACUAAAUGCCCAAAAGAAUCAUACAAAUGCUCCACAAAUACAUGUAGAAGAAGCACAACCAAAUGAUAAUUCCUCGUCGCUGUCUCGUCCACCUAAAACUUCGGCAUUGAAGUUCGUUGACUUAGAAAAGCCAUCAAAAGAUAGAGAUAGAAAUACAUCCAGACCUCAUAAGUUGGGGAAGUCAUUAUCUCAUGAAAUUGAUUCUAGUACAAGUAGACCUAAUAUUGAACAAUCUAGAUCACACCCAGAUUUAACAGCGGUUGGACAUGUCAAUAGCAAGGACUACGAUGACAAGGAAGACAAGAAAAAAAAGAAAAGAAAAAAGAAGCGAUUCUUAGGUCUCUUUUAA